GACAAAUGAUUUUUUGCUAUAAAAGCAGAGUCAGUACGAUAUUUUCAUGACUUUGGGUUCCCUUAAAAGCAACGCAAUGAAAGUCUUGGUGUUGUUAUCGAUUGUGGCUGUGGCGUUUGCUCUUCCAGAAGAGUAUGAUUGCCCAGCAAACUCUCGUUACCAAUCAUGCGGCACUGCUUGCCCCUUGACAUGCGACAACUACAAGAACCCACCCAAGUUCUGCAUCCUCAUGUGCAACCCAGGAUGCCACUGUGACAAGGGAUACGUCAGGGUGGAGAAAGACAUAGAAGAAUGUGUUAAACCAGAACAAUGUCCGAGCAGUGAAAAUGUGCUGUUUUAUGACGAAGUUAUUUGCGAGCAACCGAGAAAAGUUGGACGAUGUUUUGGACGCUUCCCGAGAUUUUUCUUCAACAAGAAGACUGCCAGGUGUGAGAGCUUCACCUACAGCGGCUGCGCAGGGAACCAAAACAAUUUCGCCACUGUAGAAGAAUGCGAAAAAACUUGCUUAUCUUAAAACACAGAAGUCUUUUCGAAAAUAUCUGAUAAAAAGAUGUGAAAGAAUAAUGCAGUGCAUUUGGAAUUUUCUAAUAAUACUUUGUGAAUAAAUUCUGAACUAUAUAUUUUUA